UAGGAGUUAUGAUGGGUGUGUGUGGAAAAAUAAUCAGGUGACUGUAGGGAUUAGAAAUGCAUCAGUGUUACCAAAUUACGGUAUUAGGGAUUUGAUUACUGCAUUUAGUGUUGCUCUCCCUUGGUUGUGAGCCUGGAGGCAGUGGCCGGGCACAUUCUGUUAAUGGAAUAAAGGUUUGUGGUUCCUGACACUGCUCGUACUAGGUACGAGUUGAGUAAAUAGGACGAGGAGCACUUUAUUUAAAUUGUGACGACAUUGUCUGUGGGGAGUGUCUGCAGAGCUCGACAUGAAAAGAUAAAGUUUUCCCCUUUGCUUCACAGCAUUUUUCUGGCAUUAGACCUUCUGAUUUCCGUGCAGUCUGCCCCUUGUGUUUAUAAUCAGUUGACAGGUGUGCUGCCAAGGCGGGAGAUGGGAUGUGAAUCCGAGUGGAUACUGUUUGAUCUUUUCUAAAGACCUGCGGUGCGUUGUAGAGAGACUGUCUGGAAACGUGCUACACCCAGUGCCUUGUUUUGAUCGCAGAUUGAAGGGCACUUGACUAGUAUCUGAAGGGAUUCCGUUACCGGUACUAUACCACAGGUAUUGGCUCGAGUUCUGACACUUCACGCAGCAUGUGAACUUCCUUAACUCGACUGUACAGGUUAGGAGUACGUGAGAUGGCUGAAAAUAGGUCACGUCAGUGUGAGAAGGCCGCAGCUGCUUUCAGCACCGGCACACUGUUUUUCUUUUCCAAGAGGUCGUACUACUUUCAGCAGCAAUACAGAUUUUCUUCUCAUCCAUGUUAAGAGAGCUAAAGACUCCUUGAUGGGUGUUUUGUAUUUGAUUUACAGCAUUGAUAUGAAGCAAUGUUGCAGUGCAUUUGUUGGAAGGCGUGUUACAGAUGCACCAGAAUCUUCUUUGGGAUUGCUUUCAUAAAAUACCCGUCGAAGAACAAAUAACUUUGAAAAGCAACUACCCGUGUUGUACAUAACCAUGGAAAGAACUGAACUACAGAAGAGGAACCUUCUGCUUAAUGGCUACAAUAUAAGGGUCUACAUUGACUAUGUUUUGUCUUUCCAGUGUCCUUCAGGUUCUUGUCUGCGUUGUUUUUGAACAGUAAUAAAAGGAUGCCCAGAGCCAACAUCAGAGAGUACUUUUACUAGCUAGUUAAAUGCUGACUAGCCUAGCAGCCUGACAAGUCUUUUUUCUGGAUUAUCUGUGGGUAGUCCAAGAACUUCUUAGAGCAGUGCUUCUACUAGCCAACCUAAGUACAUGGAGAAGUUAAACAUACUGAUGUGUCCCGAUGCACUCCAAAGUACUGUACAGGAAUCAGUGGCUUGCAAUGUGUGCACAGAGAUGAAAGCCAUGCAGAAGUUGUCUGUUAAAAUUACUCAGACUCUGAACAGUAAUAACAACUCUGCGAGCAAAGCAAGUACAGAAGGCUUCCAGUUUGGAUCCUUGUCACCUUUUGCUGCUAGGACAAUGAUCCCUAACCCAAAGCUUAGUUAUAUGGAUCGUGUAAUCAUGGAAAUCCUGGAAACAGAAAGAAUGUAUGUCCGGGAUGUGCAUAGCAUUAUUGAGGAUUAUCUCAGCAAGAUGAUUGACACACCAGGUCUUCCAAUUGGGCCACAACAGAUCUCUGCACUUUUUGGAAACAUUGAAGAUAUCUAUGAGUUCAACAGUGAACUCCUGCAAGAACUGGAGAAAUGUGAUGAUGACCCUGUCAAGGUUGCUAGAUGCUUUGUUGAAAAGAGCCCCGAAUUUCACAUUUAUACUCAAUACUGCACCAACUAUCCAAAUUCUGUCGCUGUUCUGACGGAAUGUAUGAGAAAUAAGGUUCUGUCCAAGUUCUUCAGCGAUAGACAAGCAUCAUUAAAACAAUCCCUUCCCCUUGGAUCGUACCUGCUCAAACCAGUGCAGAGAGUUCUCAAAUAUCAUCUGCUUCUACAGGAAAUUGCAAAUCAUUUUAAUCAUGAGCGUGGUGGCUAUGAUGUAGUAGAGGAAGCUAUUGCAACAAUGACCGAAGUAGCUUGGUACAUCAAUGAUAUGAAAAGGAAACAUGAACAUGCCAUACGUCUCCAGGAGGUGCAGUCGCUCCUAUUAAACUGGAAAGGUCCGGACCUCACUACUUAUGGUGAACUGAUGUUGGAAGGCACCUUUCGUAUGCAGAGGGCCCGAAAUGAACGGACACUGUUCCUUUUUGAUAAGAUGCUUCUUUUGACCAAGAGGCGUGGAGAACAUUUCAUCUACAAGAACCACGUUCUGAGUUCAGCUGUAAUGCUGCAUGAGAACAACCGUGACUGCAUGUCCUUCUCUGUGGCUGACUACAGAAAUCCCAAGCACCAGUAUAUCAUCCAGGUUAAAAAUGUUGAAGAAAAGAUGUUGUGGACCCAUCAUAUAAAAAAGCUGAUUCUGGAAAAUCAUCAUGCCAGCAUUCCUCAGAAGGCCAAGGAAGCUAUCUUAGAAAUGGACUCCUACUAUCACAUUCGCUAUAGAAAUAGCCCUGAGAGACUGAAGAAGACAGUGUCCUACCAGACCCAGGACGAUACUCCUUCCACGGAUAGUCAAGAUGAAAGACAGCCAGCCAGCACAUCUGUUUUCAAGGACACAGCUGGCACACAUGUUGAAGAAGUUGUUCUUAAUAUGGAAGAGGAGUCUGGAAGUAACAUGCACCUUACUGAGAUUCUAUCAAACAGUGAAUCAACAAAUACAACAAUGCCAGAACCAGAGGCAGUGGAAGAAAAUCUGACUACAGAGGACGAAAGAUACACACUUGAUAUGAUGACCACAUCAAAUCCAGACUGCUUACAGACUGAACAGACAGAUGAAUUCAAGUCACUUAACAAUGAAGAGUUUUCAGAAGAUGAGGAAGAGGAAGAAAUGUGUACGCAUGAAACAGAGCGCUUAAUAACAUCAUCUAUCAUGGAUCAAGCUGGUGCCAUUGUUGAGAAAUUCAUUACAAGUAUCUCUAGUAGAAGCAGUUUGGCACUGGAAGAUUCUGAAUCUACAGGCUCCCCCACUCUUUUGUUAAGAAGUAGUAACAGCAGUUUCCUCAGAUCCAAAAACUCCGAAAAGGUGAGGUGCAGCACCAUGUCUGAAGGUCAAAGUGAUUCAGCUGCAGAGGAGGCUCCACAUUUUGAGACUGCUAACACCCAGAAUGGUAGUGAAUCAGUUCCUGAUGCGGUUUUCUUUGAUGCAGAUAACCUAGAAAAUCCUGAGAAAACAAGUAAGAAAGAGUCAGCCUUGUCAAAGCAGGAAAGACUUCUUAUCAAUAAAAUUAAAAAUUACUAUGAGCAUGCAGAACAUGAAAAUGCUACCUUCAGCAUCAAGAGGAGAGAAAGUCUAUCCUAUAUUCCUUCUGGACUAGUAAGGAGCUCUGUGUUUCAAUUCAGCAAUGGUCCUGAGUCAAGUCCUGAAGACGGUUCAAGCAAACAAGGUAGCACUUCUGCAGAUUCAGCUGGAAUAGUGUAUCCUUUGAGUAUUGGUAAUACUGAAAACACAAACACCACCUGGGACUCUCCAUCUUGGAUCUCUGCUAAGGAUGCUGAUUGUCCCACUUGUGAAUUUAGUCCUACAUUUCAAAAUAGCCAUAAGGCUAAUAAUCCAGAGGAAACUAAAAAUAAUACUAUAGAAACUGCCAGUGCUCCUAAAACCCUUCAAACUGAUGAAGAAUUUAAAUGUUCUUCUGAGAUGAUUAAUAUUUGGAGUAAAAUGGAGCAAGAUAUGAAAGGAGUCUUGAGAGAUGAAAAUCAUGAUAGCCACACUACACAAAAUGGGGAAUAUUUGUGUAAUUCUACUUACAACAAAGAUAGUUCAACUUUGUUUCCUAUUAACAGUCACAACUCUGUCGACAUUCCAGAUUCUGAUAAACCACUCCUGAAUACUGAGGAAAGUAACUUGCACAGCUUAAGUGAAGACUCCUUUAUGUCUUCCCCAGAGAGGUCAUCUCACAGCCAGUCUUCUACUGAUGUGUUUGUCACUCAUGAUGAAGAGCUUUCAAAAACUUUUAGGCCAACAAACAAGUUAUCCCACCACACUGUUGACAGAGAGCUAUUUAAGGAUGUGCCUGAGCUGAAAAAUAAGGUUUUGAACUUGGCUAGACAAUACAGCCAGAGAAUAAAGACUAACCAUCCAGUUGUAAUAAAAAGACUGAAACAUGCUGAAGAAGAUAGAGAGCUGCCAUCAGUAGAAGAGGAAAUACUAGGUGAAGAGCAAAUAGGGAAACCAAAACUGAAUAUUUCAUUACAGAACUACAACCAAGUCAUUAUUAAGGAGCACAGCCCAGUUUCUCCACUUCCUGCAUCUUCAAGCCGAGGAGAGCAUGUUAAAUUAUUUCCUUCUAGCCCAACACAAGUCAGUACACCUAGUACAGUGAAUGCAUCAGUCCAGGUGCAAAGUAUGCCUACUGUAAGUCCUGUACUUAAGGAAACAUUUAAGUGGCCAGUAGUCCGAGAGCUGUGCUGUAAGUACACAGCCGUUUAUAAUGAUUAUAACAGUGCAGACACCUCAAAUAUCAGUUCAUCUAAAUUGGUGACCUUUAAAAAAUGUUAUUCACUGCCAGAAAAAGUGACACCCCCAUAUUUAAUGUCUGCGAAAUCAAAAGCCACCCAUUUCAAUAAUGUAACUAUAAACAAGAAGGGAGGUUCAGUGGCAACUAGUGAGGUUUCUGUGCUUCCGCAGCACAACAGUGAUGGGAGAAGCCAACUAGAAAAAGAUAAUGAAAGGAAGCUUUCCAGAACAACAUCUCUAAACAAGCAAUUUGAAAAAAUAGAAAAUGGAGCUACUUGUGAUCAAACGGAUCAAAACAACAAAAGUGUCUGCUUUGUCUCUUCAGAGACAACCAUUCAAGGUGAUCAGAAAAGGGUUGUAGUGGAAAAGAUGCCAGAAAAAGGAAAAAUUCAACACAAUUGCUUAAAAUAUGACUGUGAGGAUGAUAGCUUUGUAGAAAUCCGGUCUCCAACAACACGGGAAAAAAUCUGUAUCAAGGCUGUUAUUGAAAGAUGUAAGAUUUACUUAGAAUCUGAGGAAUAUCAUCAAAAGCACAGUGAUGGUAUUAACAAGAUUGUGAGAAGUGAUGAACCUGGUACCCUUACCACUCAACAAACUUCAGGAUCAAAAAUUGGAGCGUCAGUGCUUUUUGAGGAAGGAGGAGCAAAUCAACAGAAUCUCGUGAGAACUUUGCGAGAAAAGUUUCAGGCAUUGGCUGAAAACACUUAGGUAUCUUACUGGGUUUAUUGAAACUGAUUAGCUGUUUGACAUCACACACAUUAUUUCUGCCAGAAAUAAUGCUGUAAGCACAAAAGCCAUUUUUUAAUCAUGUUGUAAAUGUGCACUGCUCUUUAUUUACAUAUGUCAUUAGGGUAACAAAAGAAUGUCUUGUGUAUUUAAAUGCCUUUCCUAAAUUUGUAGUUUAUAUUGUUGUGCAUUUGCUUUUUUAUUA